AUGAGCAAAAAUUCCAAGUCAAGUCCAGCUAUACUCGAUCCGGCCGGUUUGGAAGAGGGCUACGCGCCAGUAGAAGCCUACGGUACGCCAGUUGAUAUUGAUAACGAUCAACAAUAUAAUACAGCUUCUACACAUGAUAAAAAAUCUUCCCACAAUGGCAAAAAUUCGGAUUCUGAAACUAUAAAUGGAAGACAACAGAGCAAGGUAGCUGGAUCAAAAAGUGGUGCAAUGGGGUCCAAGAAAACGGCUACAGAUGGCGACGAUGAUAAGAAAAGUAGUGACGAUGAUAAAGAUUUGGAAAUGGUAUAUCUUGAAGAUGCUAUGGAUGCAGUAGAAAGCAAAAAGAAGGAUUCAGAAAACCGUGACGGUGAAGCAAAUAAUCACGAUAAAAAAGGGAAAAAUCGUCGAAACUUGAGAAAAAAUGACGGAAAAAGUGAUACAACUGGCGAUGAGCUAAAGAAAAAUGGUGGUGAAGUAGACAAACAGAAGCUCCAGGAUUCUGACAAUGAUAAAACAGACGGCAAUGUUCAUAAAGUUCACGCUAAACAUCAAAAAGGCACGUCAGAACAAGAUGAACCCACCAAAAAUGAAAGAAAAUUAGAAGAAAGUCAAGGGAAACAGGACGAAAAAGCUAAAAAUGAUAACAAUGAGCAAGAAGACCAUGACAAAACUAACAAACCCAAGCUCCAAAAUCACGACUCUAACUCAUCAGACGACGAGAACAACUACAAGACCACAGAUAAUCAAAGUACAGGCAAAUCAACCGACUACGACGAUGAUACUGGCUAUGACAAGUCAGUAGACGAUGAUACAGAAGAAGAUCAAACAGUUCAAAAUACGAUUAGUAAUGGAAAAUUGAGUGGAGUUUUGGAGGGUAUGGAUCCAGUUACUGGUGAUUAUAUUCGGCCAAAGGAUUGGGAUAAACUGCCGAAGAGAGAAAAGGAAGAACAAGAAGUAGAAGAGAAGGCUCCGAAGACAAGGAUGGGGAGGAGGAAUAAGGAGAAGAAUCAGCUGAGAAGGAGUAGAUCGGUAAGAAGUUUAAUUUAAGAAAAAAUUAUGAUUUUUCAAUUUUUUUGAAAUUUCGAAAUUUUUUGAAUUUGUUUUUUGAAAUUUAAAAAAUUUUAAAUUUUUUGAAACUUCAAAAUUAUUUUUAAAAUUGCAAAAAAAAUUUUUUAAAUCAAAAUUUCCAGCUAUCCCGCCGAGUCCUAGACACAGUAUCCAACAAGAGUCGAAAUGGGGAUUCAGAUGAAGAAGAGAGUACUGGAAAUUGGCUUUUUGGAAACAGAAUCCGAUUUACCAUCAUGAUAAUAUCUACGUUAUGUUUGUCAUCAAUUCUGUCAAACAUCUUGACAUUCAAUUUUACCUUUAUUUGUAUGGCAGGGGAACGGCCGAAGGGUUAUGAGAACAUGACCCGUAAGUACAACAUUACGUUUAAGGUAGUGUAUGAAGGGUAAUGUAGGGUAGGGUAGGGUAAAAUAGGGUAGGGUAGGGUAAAGUAGGGUAGGGUACGGUAGUAUUAGACUAAAACCGAAAUUUAAAAAUGAUUUUUUAGAAAUUCAAAAAGACCAUAGUGGCUACAAAGAGCAUCUUGACUAUACAUCAGGUCAACGAAGUGCUUUAUUCAUGUCAGUAGCCGUUGGGUCUUUAGUAGCGGUGUUUCCAAUGACUGUAGCUUUGAACAAAUAUGGAUCAAGGUAUGUGUUUUAAAUUAAAAAUGUAAAAUACGAUGUAUCGGUGGCUCAAGAAUUUGGAAGCAACACUUAUAAUCCCAAUUUAUGCCAUUUUAGAAUGACAUUUGGAAUGUUAGGCCUAAUCUCAGCCAUAGCGACUUACCUAAUCCCAAUCUCAGCCAACACCUCCUUCUGGGCAAUGUUAAUAAUGCGUGGUAUUCAAGGCGUGGGUUUCUCGGCUUGUCUACCAGUAAUGGGUUCCAUUACCUCCCAUUGGUCGACUUUAAAACAAAAUGGCAUUUUCAUCGCAAUUUUGUCGAGUUUCCUCCAAAUCGCUCCUAUCUUCACCAUGCCCAUUUCUGGCGAACUCUGUACAUCAUCAUUGGGCUGGGAAUCUGUAUACUAUCUACAUGGUACUGUAUGUCUGGUAUUGUUUAUCAUCUUCAUACUGUACCAUAGGAAUAGUCCUCAUAAGCAUCCAAUGAUGAAUCGAAGAGAGUUGGUCAAGGUCUACUUUGGCAAAGGGUCAAUAUAUUCUGGGCCUGGUAGGGAGAAUACUAAGAAAAAGUCGAGAAAAGUGCCAUAUAAGGCCAUCUAUUCGGAUAGUGCCAUUUGGGCUAUAUUAGUCGCGGCUUUUGGCAACUUUUUUGGAACGCAGUUGUCGCUACAGUUUAUUCCAACUUAUUUGAAUAAGGUGAGAGGUUUUACAAGGGUAAUAUUAACCAUAAGACAUGAGCGAAAAGAUAGAAUUUUCCACGAUGAAAAAAUUAUAUUAACAGCACAAGUUGCCCAACACUAGCAACUUUUGAGCCAAAAUUUCAAUUUUUAAUUACGAAAACUUUAAAAAGCCUAAAAAUUUUGUUUUUCCAGGUCCUAUUUCUACCCAUAGAACAAACAGGUGUAGUGUCAGCUAUAUCACCAGUUAUCAUGUUCUUUAUCAAACUGAUAGCUGGUCAGUCGUCUGACAAAAUCAUGUUCAUAUCGGAUGAGUGGAAGUUGCGCAUUUACAACAGUCUUUCCUGUGGAAUGAUGGGUGUGCUCUUCAUCACACUCGCCUUAUUGGAUCCUAGACAGAAUGAGAGCUUGUGCUUGGUAAGAAAUUUUAAAGCGCGGCUUAGUAAUAUGCAAAAUUCAGAGCACACGACUGCAAAACCAACACCAUGAUAGUAAAGGCAUUCUAUACAAUAUUAUUUAAGUAAAAAGUGCCAAAAUAACACAAUCUUGAUAGUCCUCAUAAUAUUUUUGUAGGUAACCCUAAUCGCCUCAACCUGUAUCCUCGGUUUCAAUUCGGGUGGUUUCUUCAAAUCCUCCCAAAUGGUCUCCCGACAACAUUCUCACUUCACACUAGCUAACAUCGCUUUUGAAAACUGUGUUUGCAUGUUACUCGUCCCUCUUUUGAAUGAAGUAGUUGCGCCAGAAAAUGCUCCAGAAGAUUGGUCGAUCGUCCUUUGGAUUCAUGGUAUCAUUUUGUUGUCAACGAACCUGUUCUUCUGUAUCAUGUGCAAAGCAAAGGCUGCUCCAUGGACUAUGGAUGGGUGGACACAUCGUGCUAGCAAGCACUCGAGAAGAUCAGUCAAAAGGUCCAGUGUCCAACCAGUUGAUGCUAUUCAAAAGCCGGAGAAUGUGGUGUAG